AGAGAGCUCGAAUGACGUAACUUCUUUCUUCCUCCCCCGCUGAAGAAAACAAUUUCUCCGCGAAGUUUGCAGCUCAGCAGGCCCGGCGAACAGUCGGCAGUCGAUCGCUCAGUGGCACCCACGCAUUCAAACGGAACAGUCACAAUGCCGAAACUCCUGACUCCCGAAGAGGUCCAGUUCUACAAGGACAAUGGCUUCAUCAAGAUCAACGUCCUGGAGAAGGCCGAGAUCGACGCCCUGUCCGAGGAGUAUGACCUUUUGUUCCGCCUGCAGGCCAGCGACGACAUGGACUCCUCCUGGGUUGGAGAUGACAUGAAGAAGGCCACCAACGACAAGAAAAUGAGCGUUUUGUCACUCCACGGCCUUCAGAUGUUCUCCGAGAAGUUCCACAAGUUUUUGAUGAACGAGAAGCUCCUCGACGCGUUGGAGGACGUGAUGGGAACCGAAAACAUCGCCCUGCACCACACCAAGGCCCACAUCAAGCCCACGGAGAAAGGGGCACCCUACCUCAUGCACCAGGACUACCCCUACUUCCCCUACAAGAACCACUCCAUGUGCGCGGUGUUCCUCCACAUGGACGACACCACCCCUGAGAACGGCGGCCUCUGCGUGUACCCCGGCUCCCACAAGCUGGGCCCCCUGCCCUCGCAGAAGAACGUGGCCAACGGGCUCGUCUACUACUGGUGCGAUCCCGCCCGGUUCCCCAUCGAGGGCGCCACCCCCGUGACCGCCAAGAAGGGCGAGAUCGUUAUCUUCUCCUACCUGCUGCUGCACGGCAGCUACCUCAACCUGUCCAACAGAGUGCGCCGCAUGUUCCUGGUCCAGGUGAUGGACGCCAACGACGAGCCCACCGAGGACACCCACAAGGGCCCAGGGCCUCAUGCUGAGGCGAGGGGGUAACCACUCGCGUAAUACCCUGUACACAAAAACCAUGUAUUACGCGUAAUACACGUGAUCGUAAUACCAUUUUUGGGUCAAAUGUGCCAAAUUUCGGCAUUUUAGGGCCGUAAGACACGUGUAAUACACCCGUAAUACAGCGUAAUACCGAGUAGUCUGUACACGAUUUCGUGAAGUGUUUACCCCCUCGUGCUGAGGGGCAUCAAGCGGACGCUCGACAGGGAGGCCAGCACCUACAGGAAAAACCCCAUCAAAGAGCCGCAAGAAAGAAAGUUGCGUCGAGGAGAGUGAAUGUGUAAAUAAGUCUUCUUAGAAUAACUAAAAUGCUCGAGGGGUGUACGUAACUUCUAAACCAAUACUGUAUUUACUAUGACACGCGUCAUAAGAAAUAAACAUUUUUUUCAUUCGUUUGAUACGA